AAAACUCUUAAUCAGUAUUUGAUAUGAUUUUUAUUUUUAUUAUCAUUUAUGCCAUAAACUGAUGGACCGAUCGAUCGCUUAGUUGUCAAUAAUUUAUUGAUAAUUACAGACAUUUGCAGAGUUUCUGUCACCACAAGAGGUUUGUUAUUGUCAUUAAACUGGUCCUAAAAUGGAGACAAUAAUUAGCGACACAACUGUCUUGAAUGUCAUCAACGGUGUUGAUCCCGAGUUGUUAAUCAAUAAACGAAGUGAAGUGGUUAUUCAUCUGAUGCUCAUUGACUCAAUCCAUGUCACAUCCAAGAGUCUGAAUGACACCCGCAUUAAGGUUUCGGUGGACGAACUCAACCAAAGAGAUACCACCACUGAUGACGGUAUCAAUGGUGACCACAAACCCAGUGGCGUCGAGAUAUCGGUGUUGAAUGAAAAUGAGUCAAAAUUUGGAUCUCAAGAACCUAAUGGACGGCUCUAUUCGGCCAAAGAAUAUGUCAUUUUCCGCACAAAAGUCACAAAUAUUGAUGAAAUGGUAUUUACGAUAGAUUUAUAUUCCUCUGGAAGCGAUUCCAAUGCAAACACAAAACGAAUCGCUUUUUGCAAUAUAUUUGCCGCUCAUCUGAAGGACACGAAUGGAUUCAUUUCAAUGCCUUUCAAUACGGAAAACGGAAAAAUUGUGGCGAAAUUGAAUUUGGAAUAUGUGAUUAUGAGUCCCAUUAAGGGAACCGACAAUUUCUUGGCCAAACUGGCGGACGAGAGUUGGCUCACGACUCGCAAGGGCUACGAUGUUGGCCAUCGCGGCGCCGGCACUGCCCGCAGAACCGACCGAAUCGAGAAUAUUCUGGAGAAUACGAUCGCGUCCUUCAAUUUUGCGAGUCUUCACGUGAGUCUAAACAUCCGUUUUUAUUAUAUUUCCAUUGAUUUCCACUAUAAUUGCAAA